CAAUAAUCCCUCCUUCUCCCCUCGGCGCAUCUCUCCUGAAGUGCAGCAAUCCAGCUUCUACGGCUACACGGGGCUGCUGCCCAAGCGCUACACGCAGGGGGUGAUGACGGGCGAGAGCACUGCUGGGGUCAUCAUCUCGCUCAGCCGCAUUUUCACCAAGCUGCUGCUGUCGGAUGAGAAGGAGAACACGGUCAUCUUCUUCUUCAUUUCCAUCGGCAUGGAGCUGACGUGCUUCAUCCUCCACCUCCUGGUGAAGCGCACCCGCUUCGUCCGCUACUACACCGCCUGCUCCCGCAAGGGUCUCCCUGAAACCCGGGGGGCUGGUGAUCGUGGGACGGGCUACCGCGUCCACCACGAUGUUACUUCGGAGGAUGUCCGAUUUGAGAAUCGGCCACGGGGGCAGCCGAGCUCUCCUCAGGGCAGUCCAGACCCUGAAGCUGAGCUGGCUGGCAGCGGCACCUACAUGCGCUUUGACGUCCCUCGGCCCAAAAUCAAGAGGAGCUGGCCCAGCUUCAGAGACAUGCUGCUCCACCGCUACGUCGUGUCCCGGCUCAUCUGGGCCUACAUGCUCUCCAUCGCCAUGACCUACUUCAUCACGCUGUGCCUCUUUCCCGGGCUGGAGUCGGAGAUCCACAACUGCACACUGGGGGAAUGGCUCCCCAUCCUCAUCAUGGCCAUCUUCAACCUCUCCGACUUCGUCGGCAAGAUCCUGGCUGCCUUGCCCUACGACUGGAGAGGGACCCACCUCCUCAUCUACUCCUGCCUCCGUGUGGUCUUCAUCCCCCUCUUCAUCAUGUGUGUCUACCCCAAUGGGAGGCCCACCUUUGGCCACCCCGCCUGGCCCUGCAUCUUCUCCCUCCUCAUGGGCAUCACCAACGGCUACUUCGGCAGUGUCCCCAUGAUCCUGGCCGCCGGGAAAGUGAGCCCUGAGCAGCGUGAGCUGGCAGGGAACACCAUGACUGUGUCCUACAUGACAGGCUUGACGCUGGGCUCAGCCGUGGCAUAUUUUGCCUAUAGCCUCACCAGUACGUCCCACAGUACCUGUUUCUACACCGAAACCUCCAACAGCUCCUUCACGUCAGGGUACUGA